GCGUUACCAUUGCGCAAUUCCAUGAUGGCGAUACCAUCGAUUAUGUGGAAAAUAUUAGCAAGUGGACACCAUCAGAUAACUACUACCAGCUUCCCACGACGCCUUCAUCAAGUUCAUCGACAACUAUCAAGUAACAUCCGCAGUGCAAGCAUGUCGGCGCUCUCCUUGCAGUCCAAGUUCAAGCUCCGUGAUGGCAAUGAAAUACCUGUACUAGGUUUCGGAACUUAUGAGAUGGAUGGUGAAGAAGCAUAUCGGGCUGUCAGGUGGGCAUUAGAGGUCGGAUAUCGGCACAUCGACUCUGCUGCGUGGUACGAAAACGAGCGCGAGUGUGGACAGGCUAUUCUGGACUUCUGCAAAGAGACGGGGACUCCUCGCUCAGAUAUCUUCUUCACAACCAAGUUAAAACUCAAUAAUGGUUAUAGCCGCGUCACCAAGUCCAUCCAAAAGUCCCUGGAUGAAUGUGGCUUGGGUUACAUAGAUCUGUACCUCAUUCACGGCCCUUUGGGUGGCCCUCAGGCCCGUAAGGAAAGUUGGCAAGCUAUCUGCGACGCGCAGAAAGAGGGGAAAUUAAAGAGUAUUGGCAUUAGCACGUUUGGUGUAGGACACAUGCAAGAGAUAGUUGACGCUGGCGGGCCUUUGCCCGUCAUCACUCAAAUUGACCUGCAUCCAUUCAUGACCCGAAGUGAUGUAGUUGCCUUUUGCAAGGCGCAUGAGAUUUUUCUAGAGGCCUGGGCUCCCCUGGUUCGUGGGAUGAAAUUUAAGCACCCCUCUAUCGCAAACCUGGCACAGAAAUACAACAAGGAACCGGCCCAAAUUCUUCUCCGCUAUGCUCUCCAGAAGGGGUAUGUGCCGCUCCCGAAAUCGUCGUCUAAGGAGCGAAUCGUUUCCAACACCAAAAUAUUUGACUUUUCGCUUGAGGACGAAGAAAUCUCUCAUCUGGACUCUCUCGAUGAAGAACUAGUGACUGACUGGGAUCCUACUCAUUGUCCUUGAUCCGUCUCUCACAUGAUGGCACGAGUAAAUCACCUUGUAACAAUUGAAGAUUAGACUCGCGAUAAAUAAACUAUGUCCUAUUCGCAUUGU